AUGAUCACUAAGGUUUUAUUUCUAGCAACUCUUAGUGCUGUUGCCCAUGCUAGUCACCAGGAACAUCAAGAGCACCAUCAUCACCAUCCCCAACCAUACAAAUUCGGCUACGAAAUCAAAGAUCACCAUGGAUCUCAACACAGACAUGAGCAUGGAGACGGUCAAGGACAUGUUCAAGGAAAUUACGGUUUCACUGACCACAGAGGUAUCCACAGAGAAGUCCACUACGUAGCUGACAAAAGUGGAUUCAGGGCUACUGUGAAAACCAACGAACCUGGAACAGCCAAUCAGGACCCAGCUGAUGUUAAAUUGCAUUCCGAUGCUCAUUAUACUCAUCAUCAGGAACCUCACAAACAGGGGCACCAUCAUCAGGAGCAUCAUCAUCAACAUGGACAUGCUCAAGUGUAUCACCAUCAAGCAAACCAUCAUGGACAUUAUCAAGGUUAA